AUGGCUGCAAUGCAACAGAGUAAUUUAAACCAAGCAAUGGCAAUGGCAGCUGCCUACCCCAUGAUCCCAUCUGCCUACUACGACCAAACUGGAGCAUUGAUAAUUAACAACAGUAGAACUGGUGGUCCUGUCCGUCUAUUUGCACCAGGCCCUAUGUUUAUGAAUGGAUCGCAACACCCAUUAAUGGCACCUCCAAUUGCUGGGGCCAAUGGUUCAAUGUUCAGAUACAACCAAGCUUCGCAACAGCAAGCAGGUAUUCUAAUUCAUACACCAUCAAAAUCACCAAUAAUUAACACAACUUCAUUCACAGCUACGGCUGUUCAUCCAGCAGAAGUUAGAACGUGCCACCCCACAAGAAAAGCAGCUUGUAUUUAA